AUCUUUGUUUGUGCCUGCAGAGGCGUUGAAGAAUAAUGGUGUUAACUUCAAUUUCAAUAAUCUCUUGUUCGUCUUCAUUUCCUUCUGAUUCUCCUUCUACUUCCACUGCCACCAGAAUCAGAGCCUUCACUUCUUCAAACUCAAACCGAACCCUUUUUGUUGGGUUAAAAAAACGACCACUUUCAAAUGUACUCCUCAGAGCCUCUUCUUCUUCUUCUUACGGUUCCAUCCAAGAAGAACAAGGUGGGUCACCGGAGCAGUUCCUUCAGAACAAUUCCAUUGCCGAUUUCAUGCGGUUCAAGCGUGGUGUCGAUGGUGGCAGUGGCGAAUUGCAGACAGCUCUUGUGAGCUAUAGGAAAAAGUUCCCUUGGUCCCUUUUGAAUCCUUUCCUUCAGGUUGACUUGGUUUCAACAAUUCACAUUGCUGAUGAAGAGUAUUUUCUAGCUCUCCAAAAGGAACUUGAAUCCUAUGAUUGUGUCCUUUAUGAAAUGGUAGCUAGCAAGGAAAUUUUAGAGAGUAGAAGAAACCCUACUGCUACAACAAGGUUAAAAGGUUCACGCACCAGGGGUUUUAACAUUUUGGGAUGCAUCCAAAGACAGAUGGCUCGCAUUCUUAUGCUUGAUUUUCAAUUAGACUGUCUCAGUUACCAGUCUGCGAAUUGGUACCAUGCAGAUCUUGAUUAUGAGACCUUCAAAUUACUUCAGCUUGAAAAAGGUGAAAGCCUCUUUUCUUUUGCCAGAGAUAUGACUCUUAGAUCUACAAAGGCAAUAUUGGAGCCUACUAUUCCAGAAGAUCUUGACCCAUGGAGAUCCAAGCUUUUAUGGGCUUCACGUGUACUUCCCAUGCCACUUGUUGGUCUUCUUAUCAUUGGAAGCGUUUGUGCAGAUGUGGGAAGUCAAGCAUCAGAUUAUCCUGAAAUAGAGGCAUUGUCAAGGCUUGAUUUGGGUGCUGCAAUGAAGGUCUUCCUUGCAAAGAGAUUAACAUCCGAGUUCACACAGCUGACAGCAGAUGUAGAAGAGGAAUCUGUUAUAAUUGGUGAGAGAAAUAGAGUUGCCAUAGAGACACUCAGAACUGUAAUGGAGAAGGGAUACAAUAGGAUUGCAAUACUUUAUGGGGGUGGCCACAUGCCAGAUCUUGGGAGAAGAUUGAGGGAGGAGUUUGAUUUAGUUCCAUCAAGUGUGCAGUGGAUAACAGCUUGGUCCAUAAGGAAAAGGGACCUAAAUACUAGUUCAUUUCCAUUUCUGAAAACAAUGGCAAGAGCCUCAGGUUGGCCAUUGAACCGCUAUCAGACACUGGCAUUGCUCAUCUUUUCAUCAGUCUUAGCAUUGGAUCUGUGGUUUUGGGAGCUCUUGUUUGGCACUGCAGUGGAUUGGGUCUCUGAAGUGGGCUCAGAACUUCUUCAGUAUGUUGAUAAUUCACAGGUGAUGUGAUCAUUGAACUCAGAAAAUUCAUACUAGUUACUAAGUAGGAUGAAGAAAUCUUGCAUGUGUCAGUGUAAAUAUGAAAAGCUUUAUUAACAAAUAUAAAAUUCCACC